CUGCGCGUGAUUUCACAGUACGAAGUACCGCGUAUAAAAUCAGCCAACAAAAAUAUUGAUGAAGGAAUGUGGAUAUCCUAUAACCUAACAAUCGCUGUGCCAAGUGGCAAAGCCAAAAUGUCAUCGUAACAUUGUUUUUGAUGUACACUCCAUAUAAUCUUGCCUUGGAUUCGAGAUCGCUCCAUUUCAGAGUGGAUGUUGUUGAGACUUGAGGUCAAAUUGUGUGUACAAGGGAAAUAACCUGUGACGAUAUUAAAGACUGACUCGGAUUUUCUUGAAGCAACACAAUGGUUCCCAAGAUCAGAGUUUCUCUCGCAAGACGAAACGCGUCAAAACGUGAAAGAUUGGUCACAGGAUUUGUCUUAAUGAGUGUCAUGAUCAUUCUGUGGACGGAAGGAACCUCAGGCUCACUUCAACCAAACCUUACAAGUGUAGAGACCUGGGGCGAGACACAAAUCAAAGUUACCUGGGAACCCUUUCAUCUCGUGGAGAGCGAUGAGCCUCACUUUUAUGAAUUGUAUAUUGAUGAGCAUUUGGAGUAUUUUGGAAAUGACGUGAUUUAUAUAGCCAGACGACUUACCCCUGAUACAAUAUAUCAUUUCAAACUGCGCUCUUGUGUUCAAAAUAAUCAAGUUUGUUCCUUGUUUUCUAAAAUAUUAUCUGGCACCACGGCUCCUUCAGGAAAAUCUGGUUUCACAAAAUCCUCGAUCAAAUGGACUUUACUUGUUGUUGGUGUGACAAUUCUUACUUUUAUCACUUCAUUGCUUGGCUUGAAGAUAACCAGACGCUUGUGGAGAUCAUUUCUCUACAGAUACGAUUACGGAUCGGAAACAAAUCUUCAACUUCCGAAAUAUUCAGCUAGCACCGGAACUCUGGAUGAGGAUCUUGUGCCUUCUCUUUGUUUGGCAAAGACGGACGAUCCUGGGAAAAAUGGCGAAAAGCAAGUUUCGCUUGCAGAAGACGCUGACAGCGAUCAUUCACGCACGCGCGAACCCGAGGAUAACCACACAGGUGGAGCUCUUUCUGAAGAUAUUUCCUUGAGAAAAUAUUCUCAACAUCUAAAAGGUACGUCUGCAAUUGAAAGCAGAUGCGAUGUUUUAACCGACGAUGAAGGCAAGUCACAAAGCAACAGUUGUAAUUACACAGAGAAUGGUCCUAAAAUUUACCUUGAGAAAGAAACACAAUUAUCGUGCAAUGAAAAAACAGAAAACGACCAUUUUAAAUUGCAAAGAGCCCAUACAUCUCCAACGUUGAAUAUUUCAAAAGAUUUGACCUCAAAACACAAGAACAAAAGUCACAGAAGAACACGUUCUUUUGACGAUAAAAAACAGCAACUAAUAUUGCUGGAGCCUAAGAAUCGAAAGAGCUUUGAAAACAUCGCAAGUCAAGACAACUCAUGGACCAACGUCAAGCAUUCAAAUGAUUUGGUCAUCGUUGUCGACAACAGCAAUGUAUUCAUUGGCGCGCAGGAGUGUGCAGUCCGACAUAACCCCAAUGAACGCAAGAGAAAUAUUCGCGUGAAGAUUCAACAGUUGGUCAAAGUGUUUCAACGGGAGAGAAUGGUAUCACGCGCUUUUGUACAAGGAUCAAGUCCUCCCAUGACGGAGCAGGUGUGGCAAGUGUAUAGACGCUUAGGAUAUUGUGUUGAUGUUGAAGAUAGAAGAGGAAAGGACGAGCAGAGAGUUGACGAGGGUCUUCAUCUACAUAUAUACAAGGCUCUCCUGGAACUAUCCCCCCGCACUCUUGUCAUUGCCAGUGGCGAUGGCAACAAAGGGAAGUCAGAAUGCUCCACAAGUCUACCUGGUUGUGCAGAAGCUGCUUUGGGAAGAAAUUGGAGAGUAGAAGUUCAUUCCUGGCAGCAUUCGACAAGUAUGGAAUGGGUAAAACUUUCUAGGAAAUAUCCCAAACAGUUGACGAUUCACUACCUUGAUAGGUACAUAAAUAACAUAACGUUCGUGGAUGGGAAAUAUGGGAGGAAAUGUCUGCCAUUCCAGCCGGAGGUCCUGAAGAGUUCAAGUGAAAACCAUUAAUUUAUAUUGUAGUCAAAUAGAUUUAUUCCAUAGAGUUUAUAGUGUAUUAUUAAAAGGAUAUUUCAUAGUUUUUCAGUCUGAAUAUCUUUUUCUGCAACUCACACUCAUUGUUU